AUGUCCAAGCCGACUCGCGAUACCACGGAGCAGCUGAACAGGGACGCAAUUGCGACGGUAGCAGUUGCAUGUACACACAAAUCACCGAUUCACCUCCUGCCUUUUGCACGAGAUGACGCGAUGCUGCAGGGAAAUGAGGUUGUGCUGACUUUGUUUGCUUCAACUACAAAAGGCCGGUGUGUCUCAAGAUCGAUGAACGAGUCCCCGGUCGAGCCCUCCAACCUCGCCGUUCGUGACGACUCCUUGGUUACCGUACGCACCGCCGCAGCCAUUGAAGAUGCGAUGGGGGCCGCAGUCCUUGCCGCUAGGGAAGAUUUCGAGCGAGUUGUCCCCUGGCCCACUACGGCAGUAAUUGGCGGCGGGCAAAGCUUCCAGUACAAGGCAGAGCCCCUGAGCAACGGCAACUUCAAGAUCACCUUUUACAACAGCGCCUCUCUGGCAGGACUGAGCUUCAAGUACACCGUCUACGCGGGUGACGGGGUCCUGGCAUCCGAGACUGUCCCGGCCGGAACCACUUCCAAGUUUGUUGAGGUGCAGCGCGUGGGAGACAGCUUCCGCAUCGUCAUCGUGCAGGUUUAG